AUGAUGCCAAUCGGUAAUGAGCUAAGAAAGCGACCGACACAGCUCACUAUCUCCAGAUAUGACCAGAUGGUCUUGGAAAACGACAAAGACAUCGACUGGUGGUGGUCGCUGCUCGCCAAGAUCUUUUCAUGGUUGUUGCUCGCGGGCUACAUCGUCUUCCCUUCCACGUUUGCAUCUUUGCGGCGAUCGAGGGCCCUCGAAAGCAUGGGUGUGGUCGGGUACAUAGUGUCGAGGGGACUGAAUGAUUUCUUAAUCUCUCUUGCGUCCAUACUCUCAGGCAGUGCGUCUAUCGGCCUUGCCUGGUUAUGGUUCAAGUGGCGCACGAACUACAUUUGGGUAAAUCAGCAAAUCAUAAUUCCUACGCUGGUGAAUUCCCUGAUGGGGUUCUUUUCCACUCUGCUCAAUCUCUAUACCGUCCACGGCGGCGAGUGGUCCACAACGGCGAUCGUCACCGCGACGGUAACAGCUUGGUGGCUAUUUGCAUCUUGCGUUUUAUGCCUCAUUUAUCGAUACCUGCUCAACCAGCUACAAUGUGUCGAGGUGAACGACGUAGACCAAUCGAAACUUCCAGAUAAGAUUUGA